AUGUCUCAAAAGCGUAAUCAUGCUGAGUUCUCAGCGGGGUCUUCAGUGACCGAGGAAAAAACGCUUGUCGGUGCAAAAAGCCAUGCUGUUGCCAAGCGCAAUAAAAAUAGGGUCGCAAAAAGAAAACCCGCUAUCUUCAUGAAAAUGAUGACUUCACACUUGACUUUCUCGAAGCAACUUCGAACAAGGGGGUCGGAGAUCCUCGCGAAGAAUUUUCAUGUCGCUUCCAUGUACACACAGACGGUGAUACAUGCGCAAGCAAGGACGAAGAUGGUGAGGGUGAUUGGGAUGGCGAGAAAGAUCGAUGACGGUUACCUGAGUUGA